AUGCAAACUUGUGAUAUUUUUUGUUCUGCUGCCAGCUCAGAAUUAGUCUUUAGACGAAGCUACCUAGGUCCUCUUUUGACAACAAAAGAAUCAACAGCAGUGGAUCUUAAGGAAUCUCCCUUAAAGUCAGUUCAUUCUCGACGAAUUUCCAGUGACUCGAUGCUAUCCAACGAUUCUGGAAUCGGAUUCAUCGAUGCAGAUUAUGAAAUACAACGAGCAAUAAGAGCGCAAAGGGUUCAGCGCCCCCGUAUAAUCGUGUUACAUAAAGGAAGGCCCGUAUGUCAAAAUCACAAAGAUAACGACGCUAAUUUGGUACUUAAAGCAGCCAUGGCAUCAAGGCGUCACCGAAGGGAGGUGGCUGUCAUGCAACAAAGAAAUACACAGAUUUUCGGAGAUGAAAAAAAUGAUGCGUCGCCAUUUAAGUCGAAUAAUACGAUAGAUAUUUCACCAGAAAAUGAUAACUCAAGCGGCAAGAUCAAUAUCUUGGAAGAUAAUAAUACUUCCGAAUUUGGAACAAAAUCCGUAAUUUGUGAAGAAACCACGAGGGAGUCUAUUAUUUUAAAAGACGAUUCAAAAAAAACUUAUUCUUUUGCGGAGUCUAAAUUAGACAAGAUCCCAGAACCCAAAGAACAAACGUCAAAUAGUUUCGUUCCAGAAGAAAGCAUAAACACACCUCGGAUUCCGUCAAUUUUAAAAUCGUAG